GGCUCCACACAAAGACACCCACUGAUGACACAGAGUCACAGUACUGCAAAACCUCGUGGAGAGCAACGUCUCUAAUUCAAAUACCAGGAUUUGUCCAAGGGACAGAGAACACAUAUCUGAACCACCAGGCCACAGAGGUAACAAAGGCCUGCGUCACCAUGAAGUUAUCUGUCGCUCUGGUUUUUGCAUUUGUUCUCCCACUCAUCAGGGCUCAGGUGCCCCACUGGGGACCAUGUCCCGAACCUGCCGUUCAACCCACGUUCAACCUCAAACAGUUUAUGGGGAGAUGGUUUGAAAUUGCCAAACUGCCGGCCCAGUUUGAGAGGGGCCGGUGCAUUGAAACCAAUUUCACUUUGAAGACAGACAAGUCCAUUCGAGUGGUCAGCUCUGAAAUACUAAAAGGAGAGCUGAGGAAAAUCGAAGGGACUGGAGUCAUAGAGGAUAUGAAGAACCCAGCCAAGCUGGGAAUAAGUUAUUCCUACGUCCUGCCCUACUCCCCUUACUGGAUCCUGUCCACUGACUAUGUGAAUUCUGCCCUGGUGUAUUCCUGCACGGACGUCCUGAGGCUCUUCCAUGUCGACUUUGCCUGGAUCCUGGGCCGAACGCGAACCCUGCCAGAAGCCACCAUCGAGAAAGCCAAGGAGAUCUUCGCCAACAACAACAUUGAUGUGACCAGGAUGAUCGCCAGCAAGCAGCAGGGCUGUGAGAAAACUCUCUGAGCAGUGGUGGAACACAGCACAAGAUGGCGCUGUUAGCGACAAGGAGUCCAUCUUUGACUUAUUUUGUUUUAUGGUGAUUGUGACCGGGAGGGUAGACGUAACUCAGUUACUCAGUUUAUUUAUGUGUUGGACAGAGUUUUCCUGCCUUUUUAAAGGACCAGUGUAUAGGAUUUAGGGGGAUCUAUUAGAAGAAAUAGAACAUAGUAUUUAUAAUUCUGUUUUUAUUACUGUAUAAUCUGGAACAGACAAACCAAACACUGACUCCAGAGAGGGCCUUUACCUGAAGGCCACCAUAGUCUCUCCUACAUGCUUGGAAAGGGAGGAGUGAGUGGAGAGGUAUUUAGUCGGAUGCAAUCUGUAGCCUCACCACUAGAUGUCACUAAAUCCUACACACUGAUACUUUAAGACAAAAUAAAUGUUUACAGCACAAAAUAACUGCAUGCUUAUACUGUACAUUAUAGCAAGUAGUUUAAUGUGAGGUUGUUUUAAGUAUAAUAGCAUACAUGAAUACUAAGCCAUCGUUUACCCAACAUAAUAUAUUAAACACAUCACUGGUUGUUAUAUUACAAUCUGAGAGUAAUGCUCUGCACAGUUUUGUCAGUGAAGCUGGUCAUUUUGUCAAAAUGGAUUUUUUUUUUCAUUUUUUUCAUUUGCAGUAUAAAGUUGUAGAGUCAAAUAAUAUUGAUUAAAUCUGACAUUUAUGCCACAAACUGGAAACAUAAAGCAUCUAAUUAGAGUAAAUAAAAGUCAGUUGAACUUA